CUUAUCGAUAGGCUCGAUAGUCCAAGCCUUUCGGCAAAACGAAAACAAAACAAACGUUUUUGUAUUUUUCAUAGGGCAAAUGCUUUAGAUAGAUUUUAAGGGAACAUUACCAUGCCCGUGGAGCACUGGGGCUCGCUGCCCGCGGAUGACGACGGUGUCCAACUGACGCCGGACAAAUAUGUGCCCACGGCGGCCAAGAAACCCAAGCUGGACGAAAUUCGCUUGCGCGGGGAAUUGCAGCCGGAUGAAAAGCACCACACGGUGGAACUGAGGAGUGCCUUGGUCACCCAGACCAUCGAGGUGAUGAAACAGACCGAAGUCCUCCAAUCCCUCAUAGAAACUUACUCCAACAAAAAUGGAAGUUCAAACUACCUGCUAAAUCCCUGCCUUAUGAUACCGGAGGUGGACUUUCCACCGGAGAACGCCGCGGAGCUGGUGGGCAGCCAGAAGUUCCAGAAGCCCAUCUGGUUCACGCCCACCGUGGACACGCCGUACUCCCGGGGCGAUCCGCAGUCGUACCCGGAGAUCUCCAGCACUGCCUGCCGCCAGGCAAUGCGCAAGGUGAUGUGCGGCAUGCUGCGCCUGGCCGGAUUCACCGACUGUUCCGAGUCGGCGGUGCAGCUGCUGACGGAUGCCACCGAGGAGUUCCUGCGCAGCUUCAUCGGCGAGUACCGUGGCAACUACGACACCCAGCCGCGACUGCAAAAGUCGACGGUGCUCCAGCUAGUGCCCUUGGAACGCGCCCAUACUGCGCUCACUGGCACAUCGCUCACCCAGGUGCACAACUACUACAAGCACAAGGUGCUGGCCAGGAACCGGGUGGAGAUCGGGGAGUUCAACAGCGUGCUGCAGGAAUACGAUAAGCUGAUGAAGGAGAGCCAGAGCAGCAUGCAGAAGCAGCACAACGAGUUCAAUGGCCACGACUUCCUCAACAUCCUGGACAACAGUGCCACCGGCAGCAGCCAAAGCAUUGGUGGCAACAUGGCGAUGGGCGAAAUGCUGCAAGAUCUGGGCGGGAGUACGGGCUCCAGUGGCACUGUCAGCUCCCAGCAGAUGCUGUACGGCCUGCUAGAUGGCCAGAUAUCGUCCAAUACGUCCAAUAUGACGGGAACAAGUGGCAAUGGCAGCACAAGUGGUAAUGGAAACGGCAACGGGGCCACAGUCACCAACUUCCACGCCACCUUUGAGUCAUGAUUAGGCCAGGGAAACCCCAACAUUUUUAACCACACGAUAGUCAUUUGUUAGGUAAGACAAAAGCAACUAGAAGAUGGAUUAUAUUUUUACCUUAGGAGACCUUUUCCCAAAUCCAUUUAUUAAUUUAUUAAAGUUUUAGUAAUCCCUAAUAUCUCAGACAUAGAUAUCUCUAAUAACUAUAAUUAUAACUUUCAAGUUUUGUAUUUACCGACUAGCAUACUUAAUUUUAAGUUGAAAAUGUUACGGCCCUACAAAGUGUAAUAAUUAAAUAACCGCAUGUACUAUUUUGUAUUCA